UGGCGGCGUCUAUUGGAUGAAGUGUGAUUACCGUUACAACUUACAGAUACUUUUUUCUUGAAAUUGAAACGAAACCAUUACCAGACGUUUGUUUAAAUCAUUCAUGGUUCAACUGCUUAUCCUGAUGCAGCCGUGCGAUCUGGAUUGAUCGCUUUCGUCCAGAUCGAGCAGAAACCGUGAAGGAUGGAUGUAGGGGAUGAAGCAGCAUUAGUGAACAAAGAAGAGGAAGAAGAUGGACCUUCAGACCAACAAGAUAAUUUUGUGGAAGAGGCAAGUGAUAAAGAAGACUCCUGUUCAUCUGGAGGAGAAAGUCACAGUGACGUUGAAGAAGCAGUUUCAUCCACAUUAGAAAACCAGGAUGGUACACGGGUGAAGGAAAGCGAUGAAGCAAUGUCACCUGCAGGUAGAGUGGAUGAAAAAAUUGAUCAGUUAUCUGAGAAAAAUGAUAAUGAAGGCUCUGAAGUAAGUGAAAGUGAGAAAAAUCCAGAAUCUGAUCAGGAUGUUGAGAGUCAGGAAAAUGAUGCAGAGGAAGAUGCUGAGAGUCAGGAAGAAGUGCUAGAAAAUAGAAAUGUUGAUGUUUCAGAGGAAAGAAAUGUAGACGAUGUUUCAAGCCAGGAAGAUUUCCAAGAAGAGGAAAGAGUAGAUGAUGGCUCUAUUGAGGGUGAUGAAGAAGAGGAAGGAAAUGACGGGGAAAACGCAGAAUAUAACGAAGCCUCCAGUCAAGAUGAUAUGCAUGAGGAUGGUGGUAAAGAAUUGGAUGAGGAAAGUCAUGACCAAGAAAGUCCUAGUGACACUGAUGUCAAAACAGGCGACAAGGAAAUUGAGGAAAUUGAUGAGGACGAUUUCAGUGUAGAUGACAUAAAAGAGUUAGACGGAGAUGAGGAUGAUGUAAGCCAAGAAGAGACACAUGUACUUGACAAGGAGACUUUUGAAGAAUUAUGGAAGAAGGAAGCAGAUUCUGGUGGAAAGUUAGAAGAGGAAGACAGCGUCUCAGAAUCUUUACCAGGGCUAGAAAGUAAUGUUGCACAGGAAAACAGUGAUAUUGUUCCUGAUUCUACUACAGUUGAUACAUCAAGUCAGGCAGUGGGCCAAGAGGAUGAUACAAACUUGAUAACAAGUAAUUUCCCAGGUGAUGAUCAUAGCAAUGAUAAAGAUGUUCAGCCUGGUGAAGAAGGAGAAGGUUGUAAUGAGAAUGAGGACAUUAGUGAUACAGAGGGUGAUUCUAUAGGUUCAUCAUUGUAUGAUGAAAACGAAGAUAAGGAAAAAUUAAAGGACUUUGAUGACUGUGAUGAAAGUGCUGCUUCGCCUGAACAAUCUAAUGAUAACGAUACAUUAUGUAAAGAUCUUGUAGAUAAUGAUGACACACCAGUGAUGGAGGAAGAGGAAAUGGAUACAGGCGAUGCAAACGACAAUGUCAUGGAGACUGAUAUAAACAAUGAACAAUUAGAGGAUGUGUCUCAAGAAUCUACUAAUAUAGACCAAGAAAACGACCGAAGUUCCGAGGGAGAAAUUGACGACGAUGAAGAUGACAGUAAUAUUGCAAAUGCAGGCCAGGAUGAAACUGCUAGUUCUGAUGGAGAAAUUAAUGAUGAGGAUGAUGUGAAAAAUGAAGAAAUGAAGAUUUAUAAAGAUGAAAAGGAUGAUGAAAGUGAAUCCGUACCAAUGAGUGACGAUGAAAGUGAUAAUGUGCAUAAUAUUGGAGGAUCAGCUGAAGGUGAUACAGAGUCUCAAGAACAGUUGAUGGACAGUUCAGGAGACCAAAGACAGCCUCAGAACUCUGUUGGCCAGUUCAACGUAGAACAAGGUGACAGCGACAAGGAUGAUGACUGGAAUUGUUUGGACCUAGAAAAGGAGGCUCCUAGUCAUGUCAAAGAAGAUUCCAGCAUGUCCGUUACACAAAAGGAUGACACUGCAGAUAAGGAUGUAGAACCAGAGGAUAUUGAUUCUCCAGAAGAGACAGAAGACAUAGAUUCCCCUGAGAGUGACAUGGACGAGGAAGAAGGAGAGGUUGAGGAAGUAGCAGACAAUCCUACGUCGCCCGUGUCAGAGGAAGAACACAAUCCUACGUCGCCCGUGUCGGAGGAAGAACACAAUCCUACGUCGCCCGUGUCGGAGGAAGAGCAGGAGGAGGAGGUUACCAGACAAGAGGACACAGAGAACAUCUACAAUGAUGUGUCUGAUGAGGAGGAGUCGUACAGUGACGAGGAGCAGGAGGAGGCUGUGCCUGUCAACAAUCUGGUGGACACCAGGGUGGUCAAUAGGAAGGAGGAAGUCCAAGCUGAACGCCCAAAGUUCACAGAUCUGCGGGAGAAGAUCAGAGAAGGACAGCUUAAAUCUCAGUCUAGUCUUCCAGAGGAUCAUGUCGAGCUGGACUACGAUGAGGAUGGUAUGGAUGACGUUCCCAAGUCAACAGAUGGUAGCAACAAGGACAAAAUGGAUGAUAGCAGAGGCAAUGAUGACGAUGGAAAUCGAGAAGAUGGAGAAGCCUUUUCAGACCGGGACGAUGGUGAGGUUGAUGAUGACGAGGACUGCGAGGAAGGCGAGAUAAAAGAACCUGGAGCACGAAAGCCUUUUGUCAAACCAAUCUGUCGCUUCUACACACGCGGCCAGUGUACCUGGGGUAACAACUGCAGGUUUCUCCACCCGGGUGUCAAUGACAAAGGAAACUACAGAUUGAUCGACAGACCUGGGUAUGAUGGUCCUGGUAAAAAGGGCUUUGGAAAAGGUCCAUGGAACCAGGGAGAUGGACCUUUUGAAGAGUUACCUCCCCCUCCAAUGGCCCCACCAACUGAGUCAGCAUGGGAGCGAGGCCUGAGACAUGCAAAGGAGAUGGUAAAAAAAGCUAGUCAGAGGAAGGAAACCGAUGCAAACUUUGAGGACAAGAAAAUGAAUUUAUCAAUUGAGGAAGACAGGGAAUUCAACAAAGAAAAUGACCGACUUAAAUUUGACAAGGGACCAAAAGAUCCCUACUAUGACCAGGUAUAUGAUGACGAGUACUAUGACAAACCGUACCAGCACCAACGCCAGCAUCAUAACUGGCAGUCAGGGCAGUACGAGAACUUUGAGGUUCGCUGGUCACGGGAACCGGAAUGGAUACAGCCUGCCAUGCAGCCACAGCAUCAUCGACCCCCUCCAGACCCCUAUGUACGAGAGAGAGAAAAGUAUUCACCAAGGCAUUUAUCUCCACCACCUCAGCAUCACAUAGAAAGGUUUGAUCGUCACCGUGAUAAUAGACGACGAGGAGAGUGGGAAGGUGAACGGCCUGAGCCACCGAUUCAGCACCAACAUCACCAGCCCCGACCCCGGCCAGCCGACUCGUGGCACGACCCCUGGAGAAGGUCAAAGUCUCCAAAAAGGAAACCUAGAACGUCCCGCAGUCAUUCCCGAGGACGGCGGAGAGCCCGGCGAUCCCACAGUUACUCCUCCUCAUUCUCAUCUAGUUCAUUUUCAGGUUCUUCACGAUCACGGUCAAGAUCUUCAUCAUACAGUUCAUAUAGUAGUCACACAUCAGCGAGCAGGUCCUCCUCUCCAGGCUCCAGGUCAUCAAAGUCCAGGUCACCUAAUAAAGGUCCAGUAAAACGGGCUCCGGCUCCUCCUGUUGAAAGAAAAGUCUCUGGCCCUGGGGACAGAGACAAUUUGCUGAAGUUUGGCGAAAGUUUUGGCGCAAGAAUCUUUAAAAGCUGGUUUGAACCCUGUAUAAUCGAUGUUAACUUUCUCCACAGUGACCAGCCUCGCAGUGCAGUAGCUGUUAAAGGAAAGCCAAGAGGAAGUCCAGACAAACGAAGACAUGGAGCAUACCCAGGACCUGGAUCUGCUCCAGGUCCAGGGGGGCCUCCCAAGCCACGAGCUGGCCCUGCAGGUGCCCCUCCAAGACACAUGCCUCCUAACACACAUCCUGGCAGGCCCCCGCACCGGGGACCACCCCCCGCCCAGCGAGGGGGCCCUCGACGCCCUAUGCAAAAACAACCACCUCAACGCCGUGGUAGUGCCAGUUCCAGUGGCAGCAGUUUGUCACGAUCCCGAAGCCGAUCAUCCUCCUCUUCACGGUCAUCGAGCAACAGCAGCAGGUCUUCGUUCAGCAGCCACACCUCAAGCAGCUCGAGUGGCAGUGCCGACUCCGAGCACCUGUAUCGUGGUGUGGGUGAGAGUCCCUCCCCAGUAAAACAAAGGAAGCCACCAGCUCCUAAACCAAAGAAAAGAGGGCCGCUUCCUCCACAGCGAGACAAGGGCGCACCUCCUGGUGUAAUGAAGGGGGAUCCAAGAGCAGGUAAAGGUGCUGGUCGCCCGGACAACAAGAUGGAUACCUCCAAUAGACAGGCUGUGUCUGCUCCAAACAAACCUAAGGAUCCGCUGAAACUGACGGGACAGAAGCCCAACAUCAAAUUAACACUUCUGAACAAGGCUCCUGCAGACAAGGGACAGACAGCCAAGAAACGUCCCGCUGAUCAACCUCCAGGGGCUCCCCCCUCCAAGAGAGCGGCUCAUGGACCAGUCACACCUCUCAAGGCUCCAGAAAAAGUCAUCAAGAAACCAGAUAAGGUGGUACGUCCCGCUCCUGUGGUGAAGGCCAAGCCUGUGGCUGCAGCCCCUGUAAAAGCUCCGGUACGUCCCCCUAUCUCACCGACCAAGGCCCCAGCAAAACCCAGUCUGGCAGCAGCGGCUGCCGCAGCCUCGGCUCUCAGCCAGAAGGAGAAGAAGAGUACUUCAUCACGACGAGAGGAGCUCCUCAAACAACUCAAGGCUGUAGAGGAUGCCAUUGCUCGCAAACGGUCAAAAAUGUCAUGAUGAGCAUUUUUAAAUCGAUACAAGUAUUUCAUCCAAUCAGCCUUACACACCUCAGAGGACUUGUCAGUGAGGGGGAAAAUGUCGAAAGAUUCUGUCACUGAUCAAGAUGAUGGGACAAGACUUGCAAUCUCGUUAGGACGAUCACACCUCAGAGGACUUGUCAGCGAGGGGGAAAAUGUCGAAAGAUUCUGUCACUGAUCAAGAUAAUUGGACAAGACUGGCAAUCUUAUUAGGACGAUAUGAUGACAGGACACUCAGACAACCUACAGUAAAGUGUGGAGCCAGAAAGCCUUACCAGGAUAGCGUUGUAGUGGAGUUAGAAAGGAUAUGGUUGUUAGUGCUAAAGAAAGGCUUGUGGUCCAAAGAUAUGUCCAUGUAGUAAAUAACCCUUGGUUACAAUUGGAGCCUGGGAUGACUGGCCCAGAUAGAAACUCCCCCCAGACCGCACAAAAUAGCCAGAGUAAUACAGUAGUAAUAUCUGUCAAUCUCACAAGCAGUGAACUGUUGGUCAAGAGACAAUCUGUAUCAUUUUAACGGUAAGAUUCCGUCAUUCCAAUUCUAAACGUUAUGUAGUGGGUAAUACAGGAUAUAGAGAUCCCAGGAAAGUCGUGACAGAGGGAGUUACGGAGGCUGACAGUCGGAGGUGUUAACCAGAACCUCCCGUGUGUGACAUUAUGUAUAAUACAUGUUUAUAAAGAGAUGCAAGCAUCGUAGGAAACUUUAAAACUUUUUAUUUUGUAAUAAAUCAUGUGGACAGCACCCUGAAAUCUUUUCUAGACAUUUGUAAAUAGUACCAUGAUAUUUUCUACCUAUAAAUAUGUACAUUUGGUUCAGAUUUUACGAUUGUCACCCUAUCAGAGCUUGUGUGAGCGUAGCGGUAUAGAAUGGCAGAGCUGAUGCAGGAGUGAAAUGGAAUGCGAGUUCUUUGUGUUGAUGUGUGCAAGGAAAUGUUUGAAUGAACUAAUGAUUGUAAUAAAUUAAAAAUGAAUAAUUUG